AUGCACGGGAAACUGACCAGCUGGAAGCCCAGUAACUCAGAGUCUGUCGUCUCCAAGAGACAGUCCUGUCCCAGCCCGCCUUUAUCCUAUCUUGCUUCCUCCGCUUCCGCUCCUUCGUCCAGAAACUCCAGUAUUGUGAUCAGUUGGAGUCCGAGCACCAUCGACACGGGUCUGUUGCAAACAGUCUCGACGGCCAAGGAUUCUCAACUGCUCCUACAAUACUAUCUCGAGGAUGGCGCCGGGAAGCUCUCGCCAAGAACGAUAGAAUCAAAUCCAUUCAUUACCCAUGUUCUCCCCCGUGCUGUCUGUGACGAGACGCUCAUGAGCGCGGUCCUUGCUCUAGGAGGUGCUUUUCUCGAGGUCAAAUAUGACCGAUCGAAUUCGGUCCUGCACACUGCGUGGGAGCACUAUUCAAAAGUUCUCUACGAUCUACGCCACAUUAUUCAGAGCCUAGCCUCGCACACUGUUGAACAAUCUGUUCGUGUCUUACUCAUCUUAAUCAUCCUCGCUCAUAUCGAGGCAAUAUCUGGAAAGACAUGCGGCGCAAUAUUCUCGCAUUUGCGUCCAAGCCGGCAGCUGAUGCUUGACCUGCUAGCGAAUGGCAAACACAACGACAUGAUCCGUGGUAAAGGAGUCGAGAGCUUCAUACUUGAACAUUACGCCUACCUGGCUCUUAUAGCCCAUAUUACCCCCUACGCCCUCGACCAAGCGAGGACGAUCCCUCUUGAUCCGGAUCUGUUGUCACUAGACUCCAUCCACGAGUACGACAACUUUGGCACCAUCCUGAGUUGCGGCGUGUCACUUUUCGAGAAGAUUCCUUUGGUAUCAGUGCUCGCCAGAAGACGGUUGUGUGAGGAAGAACAGACAGGCGGCUGCUCUUGGGAAACUUUCUCGACAUAUCAAAGCCUACUGGAGGAUAUUCUCAAUUGGACAUCAGGCCCUCCCGGCUCGCAGAUGAAAGAGUAUGAGACUGCGCAAAGAUUGGCUGGCGAAGUAUACCGACAUGCUCUGUUGAUUUAUCUCAAGGUGUCCAUGUGCGGCGCAGUCGUGAGCAACAGCCCGGAAGUCUUAGUCGAGAUCCAAGAGCUUAUCGAUGCAGUUUGGGAUCUAUAUGCAGCAGUCGUGGAUUCACCUUUCGGGACUGCUAUGCUGUGGCCAACAGUCAUCAUAGGGUCAUGUCUGACACGGGAAACUCAACGUGAGAGACUCCGAGCCGUUGCAACUUGUCCGAGAUGGCAUAUGAGAGUCACCGAGGCUUGCAUCAACAUGCUAAAGCUACUCUGGACGGAUCCGGAUCCUCGGGCAUUUGGUCCUUAUGGCUUGCACUUCAUUAUGAAGAAGCACAAGAUCAAUUUUUGCAUGGUCUAA